AUGGCUUCCCCCCGUCCUCACAACUUUGGUCCCCAAGGAUACCCCAUCUCCAACGGUGCGACACCAUCGGGUCCGGCGCCCGGGGCCACGCCGCUUCUCCCCAACAAUGGCAGAGUAAUUCAGAAUGGACCGACUCGGAUCCUGUGCAUUGCAGAUGUGCGAGGAAACUUGAAGUCCCUUAAUGAACUCGCGAAGCAGGCUCGCGCAGACCACAUCAUCCACACGGGUGACUUUGGUUUCUACGACGAUACUUCCCUGGAGCGCAUUGCAGACAAGACACUUAAGCACGUCGCCCAAUAUUCUCCCCUCCUGCCUGAAAAUGUCAAGAGGACGAUCGCACAACUACCCCUCUCCGAGCUUUCUAUGCUUCUCGACAAGCGCAUCACUCUAGACGUUCCUGUUUACACUGUUUGGGGUGCUUGCGAAGAUGUGCGCGUGUUGGAGAAGUUCCGCUCGGGCGAGUACAAGGUUGACAAGUUGCACAUCAUCGAUGAGGCCAACUCGCGACUGUUGGACAUUGGCGGUGUGAAGCUGCGCCUCCUGGGUCUGGGUGGUGCAGUGGUGAUGCACAAGCUAUUCGAUAACGGCGAGGGAAAGACAACGAUUGCUGGUGGACAGGGUACCAUGUGGACCACCCUGUUGCAGAUGGGAGAGUUGAUCGACACCGCGAACCGAGUUUAUGAUCCUUCCGAGACCCGCGUUUUCGUCACACACGCCUCUCCGGCCCGUGAGGGUAUGCUGAACCAACUCUCGGUCACUCUCAAGGCAGACUUCUCCGUCUCCGCUGGUCUGCACUUCCGCUACGGAUCUUCCUACAACGAGUUCUCCGUCAACCCUUCGCUUGACCACUACCGAGGCAAGCUCGCUGCCUCCAAGGCUUCGUUCAAUGAUGUCUGGGAGACCGUCCGCGGGGAGGUUGAGUCCGCCAUUAACUCUAAUGAGGCCCAAAAGACACUCCUCGACAAUGCUUUGGACGUGGUGCAGAAGAUGCCCUCCAUCGCCAAUGGCGGCAACCCCUUCGGUGGCCCCGUCGCCGCCGGAAAUGCUGCCGGCCAAGUGGAUGAGAGCGCCUUCAAGAACAUGUGGAACUUCAACUUGGCUGACGCUGCCUUCGGAUACUUGGUUCUAGAGAUUGAGGGAGGACGUAUCGCUACGGAAAUGCGGGCUCAAGGUUUCAACUUCGCUCACCGUAGCGGCAAGCCCGUCGCUGCUGGUGCUCCCGUCGCCAGCGGCCUGCCUGCUACCACUGCUUCCCCCGCGCCUACCGGUGCUGGUGGCCGCCCUACUGCUUCCACGCCUCAGUUCAACCAACCUCCGGCUCGCGGAGCCCCUGCCCCCGGUCAGGCCAAGGGCCAGCCCGCCCGUGCUUCCCCCAUUCCCGUGAUUCCCAAGGCUGCCAGCCCCCAGCCUGCUGCAACCUCCACCCAGUCCGCCGGUGAGGAGAAGGCUAACGCUGAUACCAACGGCACCGCCCAGCCAGAGAAGACCAGCGAAUCCCCCGCUCCUCGCGGCGAAAAGAAGCCUAGCAAUGGACUUUUCGUUUCCAACGUCGAAAACGAGCAAGCCAUCCGCGACCUGCUCCCAGAGGAGGACCAGGCCAAGCUCAUUAAGAUUGAGAAGUAUGGCAAGUUCAACCACGUUGUCACAUUCCCGACUGUGGAGGAUGCCAAGGCCGCCUUGGACCGUCAACCUAUUGAACACAAGAAGUCUGGCCCUACGGCCAGUGGUCAACCUCGUAAGCCCAACUUCAAGUUCUUCGAGGACCGCAACCGUGGUCAGGGUAACGCCGGUACCUGGCAAGGAAGUGGCCGUGGUGGAUCCAACGCCGGCUCGCGUGGGUACCAGUCUGCUAGUGACAGCGAGGGUGCUCGCCGGGGUGGAUUCACUGGCCGUGGUCGUGGUGACCGGGGUCGUGGCCGUGGAGGCCGCGGCGGCCGCGGUGGUUUCAAGAGUGGUGGGCCAAACGACUCUCCUGCGUCGACCCCUUCGGGUGACAAGCCCGCCCCCUCUGGUGACGCUUAA